AUGAGGCCGCCCCUGGCGCUGCUCGCCCUGGCCGCCCUGGGGGCCGCCGCCAGCGGCGUGGAGCGGGAGGCGGCGGAGGAGUGGCGGACGGGGAGGUUCUCCACGCCGGAGCAGCAGCGGUGCCGCUGGGAGCUGCUCUCGGCGGCGGGGGCCAGCGAGCUGCGGCUGAGCUGCCGGGCGACGGGCGGCGGGGCGGAGCGGAGCUGCGCCUACCGCGGGGAGCCGCGGCGCUGCCCGGCCUUCGGCGCCCGCAGCCGCCACUACUGGCGGCAGAUCCUGUCCCGGCUGCGGCGGCGGCGGCACCCCUGCGCUCCGGGAGCGCCGCUCAGCGCCCGCCUCUGCGGCCCGGACCGUGCCCCACCCGAGGCGCAGCUGCGGCUGCUGCCCGACCCCGGCCCGGCCACGCCGGCCCCCGGCCCGGCGCCCUCCGAGGACCCGGCGCAGACCUACUGCGCCGAGCGGUGGCACUCGCUGUGCAGCUUCUUCGUCGGCUUCUGGGAGGGCUGA